AUGUAUAUAGCACUUACCUCAACUCCAACAGAAAUGAAUGCCAACAGUAUGCCUAAACAAGUUGAGGUGAGGAUGCACGAGAGUCACCUGGAGCCCAUUGAGGCCAGGCCUCAGUCCAAAUGUGCCAACAUCUGCUCCAAGAUGUUCAAGAACCUUCUGCUCACACUCACCGUCCUCGGUGUGAUCUUGGGAGCUGUAUCAGGGACGUUGCUUCGUGUCGCCUCCCCGAUCCACCCAGAUAUUGUCAUGGUGAUUGCUUUUCCCGGAGACAUCCUGAUGAGAAUGCUGAAGAUGUUGAUCCUGCCUCUCAUCAUCUCCAGUUUAAUCACAGGUCUGGCAGGUUUGGAUGCCAAAUCCAGCGGUCGCCUUGGCACCAGAGCCAUGGUCUACUACAUGUCCACCACUAUUAUUGCUGCUGUCUUGGGAGUCAUCCUGGUGUUAGUCAUCCACCCUGGCAACCCCAAACUGAAGGAGCAUCUGGGCCCGGGCGAGAAAAACGAUGACGUGUCCAGCUUAGAUGCCUUCUUUGAUCUGAUCAGAAACUUAUUCCCAGAGAACCUGGUGCAGGCCUGUUUCCAACAGAUCCAGACCGUUACAAAGAAGGUAGAGGUGGCCAUUGAGGAGGAUGUCAAUGCCACCACCAUGGAGGGCCUGGUGGCUAACAUUACCAAGGAUCCUCAGUUCAUUGUCAAAAAGUCACUGCAGUUCAAAAGUGGCAUGAAUGUUCUGGGUCUGAUUGGUUUCUUUAUUGCAUUUGGCAUCUGCAUGGGCAAGAUGGGAGAGAAGGCCAGACUCAUGCUUGAAUUCUUCAGUAUCCUCAAUGAGAUUGUGAUGAAACUUGUCAUCUGUAUCAUGUGGUACUCUCCCUUUGGUAUUGCCUGUCUUAUCUGUGGUAAGAUCAUCUCCAUCAAGGACCUGGAGGUGGUGGCCAGGCAGCUGGGCAUGUACAUGGUGACUGUGAUUAUUGGCCUCAUCAUCCACGGAGCAAUCUUCCUGCCCGCCAUCUACUUUGCUAUUGUCAGAAAAAAUCCCUUCACCUUCUUCCUGGGCAUCUUCCAGGCCUGGAUCACUGCCCUUGGGACAGCCUCCAGUGCUGGUACACUUCCUGUCACCUUCCGUUGUCUGGAGGAGAACUUAGGUAUUGACAAGAGAGUCACUCGUUUUGUGCUCCCAGUCGGUGCCACCAUCAACAUGGAUGGAACUGCUCUGUAUGAGGCGGUUGCAGCUAUCUUCAUUGCCCAAAUGAACGGCAUCGUACUUGACCCUGGUCAGAUUGUCACUGUCAGCCUGACAGCCACCCUGGCCAGUGUUGGAGCGGCCAGUAUUCCCAGUGCCGGCCUGGUGACUAUGCUCUUGAUCCUGACCGCUGUAGGUCUGCCAACCCAAGACAUCAGUCUGCUGGUUGCUGUUGACUGGCUGCUGGAUCGAUUCAGGACAUCGGUGAACGUGGUGGGUGACUCCUACGGUGCAGGCAUCGUGUACCACCUCUCCAAGGCUGAGCUUGAGGAGUUGGACGCACACGCAGCCAAAUCCGAUGACAUUGAAAUGAUGACAAAGACCCAGUCUUAUUACGAUGACAUGAAGAACCACCACGAAAACAAUUCCAACCAGUGCGUCAUAACCUCUACCGCUACCGCUAGCACAACCUCUACCGCUACCGCCACUGCUAACAAUUCUGUCGUAGUAGAUGAAUGCAAGGUAACCUCAGCCACUAACGGCUCUGCUGCGGAGUGCACGCUUGUUGACGAGGGACCAUGGAAACAUGAAUAAUGGCAGCACAGAGAUCCGCCGCUCCUGGGCUCCACAAGCUUUCCUAUCUGGUGAUAAAAAAAAAAAAGAAUGAAUGAAAAAAAGUCACACGAACAGAACUACUAAAAAUAUUUUUUUUUUAUUGUAGUUUAGUUUUCUUUUUCUUUUCUUUUUUAUUAGUCCCUUUGAAGGUUUUUUUGUAACUAUCUAUCUGACUGAUAUAUAAUACUAAUUCACAUAACCGUGAAAUAAUAACAGUGGAUUACUUUACCUGUUAGAGCACAUUAUGUCCAUAUAGCAGAUACUUGCACAACAUACUUCAAGGCUUGGGGAGGGAAGGAAGAGAAAAAAAGUUAGAUAAGCUAUUCCUAGCAAUAUACCGGGGCUCUACAUUCAUGAGAGAACGUGUUAAGAUGAGAGAAGUGGCUGUGUAACCUGGGAUGUACUGAGAUCAUCUUCCAUGUUUCAUCCGGGCGAUUCAUUUUCUUAUGACAAAGGAUGAGUGGGAGUUAAAGCAUUAAUCAUGACAACCAACGUAAUGUUUGUACUCAACCUCCCUGCUUUAUAUCUCUGUCAGUACCAUCAAAUUGUGUGCACAAAGCCACCGCGUUUCCUUGUCAGCUCAGUCUCUCAUCUAAGAACAUCACUUUUGAUUCUCAAACUGUCAGAGACUUUUAAAUGCAUCUGACUGCAUUUGCCCAGUAUUACCCUAGCCCUGAGGUCCAGCAAACUGAUGAAAUGGUAGGAGGUAGGGAGAACAGUAAUGAACAGGAAAACCAUACUGAGCCUCAACACACAAGCACAAUCACAGUGGAAUUAUAAAGCACAAAUCAUACCA